CGCUGCCAACUGAAGGCGGGUGGGGCCGCGCGCAGUUAGAUCGGCGGGGGCGCGGCAGUUGGGGGCGUGGCCGAGCUUGGCGCCCCUCCCUUGCCCCUCCCCCACCGCACCAGGAACCCGCACCCUAGUUCCGCGGCCCGAGUGCCGUAGCUCUGCAGACUCAGCACAGCCCGGUGGUCUCUUCCCUCCCCGCAGGCUCCUCGCGCCAUGAAGGUGAAGAUCAAAUGCUGGAACGGCGUGGCCACUUGGCUCUGGGUAGCCAACGACGAGAACUGCGGCAUCUGCCGGAUGGCCUUCAAUGGCUGCUGCCCGGACUGCAAGGUGCCGGGUGACGACUGCCCGCUGGUGUGGGGCCAGUGCUCACACUGCUUCCACAUGCACUGCAUCCUCAAGUGGCUGAACGCGCAGCAGGUGCAGCAGCACUGCCCCAUGUGCCGCCAGGAGUGGAAGUUCAAGGAGUGAGGCCGUCCGCGCUGCCCAGUGCCCCUGCCCUGUGCCCCUGCCCUCACCCUGAGAUGGCCUCGCCCCCACAGUGGCUCUGGGUGGCUGUCUCCUCCACGGAGACAGUCUCCUCUGGGCUCUGACAGGGUUGAAAUGAGGACUGGAGCUGCGUUUGUUUUCUCCCAUCACAAGGGUGACACUUUUAUCCAAUAAAUAAAGCUCAUUAAACCACCUAA